GAAUUGUAAGAGACAUUUAUUUUUUGUAUAUUCUCAAUUAACCAGGCCUUUCUUGUGGAGUGGGACUCAAGCGAGGGAUGUGCAUUACUGGUGUCGGAUUACAAUCCUCCCUCUGGCAUUAUUGGUGUUUUGCCAUAUCGAUUUUAGCACGGUGGAGUAUGAGGUGACACUCACUCACUCACUCUGUAAAGCCAUUUGCACGUCUUCUUAAAGCACUAUAUAUAAAUGCAAUGAAUUAUUAUAAAAUGAAUUAAAUUGUAUUGGUUCAGCCUUUUUUUAAGCACAUACACUGUCCCCCUAAAGGCAGUUUAUCCUCUACUAGCAACUAAUAAGCAAAUGUAUUUAUCAUAAGACAGCGUAUGGACCUUUCUGUGCAGAGAGGAAUCUAUGCUGGAGGCAUGAUGGUUGUGUGUGUGUGUGUGUGUGUGUGUGUGUGUGUGUGUGUGUGUGUGUGUGUGUGUGUGUGUGUGUGUGUGUGUGUGUGUGUGUGUGUGUGUGUGUGUGUGUGGUGUUUCUGCAUGUGUUUUCAAAUAGGUAAGAAUGGACCGUCAGCAGAUGUUUGAGGGGGUUACCUUGCAGCUACUGUAUGAUCCAUCUGUCACACACGCACACAUAAACACACACACACACAUGACCAUACACACACUCUCUCAUUGUCUUAUCCUGGUUAGGCGUACGCGGCAUCACAUUGUUAUGGUGUGUAUGUGCACACACAGUGUUGCAGCAGUGUGUGUGCGUGGUGGUUGGCUGGUGAGGGAAUGUUUUUCUGCCUGGACCGCCUGAUGCUCGCUCUGUCAGAGCUCAGGGAGGGAGGGGGAGAGAGAGUGCGGGAGGCAGAGAGAGAGAGAGAGAGAGAGAGGGAGAGAGAGGGAGAAGGAGGCAUAGAGAGGGAGGGGUGUUCAUGCAGGGAUUCACUGCUCAGAGCGACAGAACGGCAGACAGACGAGGAGAGCAGCACAGCGCCAAGAGACAGUGUGUAUCUGUAUGUAUUUAUGCGUGCCAGUGUGUCUUUGAGAAGCACUCCCCCAUGCUGUGCCCGGCGUCUUGCCUGCCCCUCCUGAGGGAGCUGGCUCAGUGGCGCUGCCUGCUGGGCUGGCACCGCCACCGAGGGGUGGGGUCCCCCACCACCGCAGUGGCCGCCGCUAGUGCAGGACCACAGCAGCAGGGGUCAGAGGGCGGGCUUGGGGGCGGAGCCUCUCGGCCGAUCUGCCACACCAAACCCCAGCCUGGCAACCAGUACUCGUCGGCGGGCUGCGGGCUAUCCCUCCACCACAGUGAGAAGCCGGAGCACGAGGAGGUGUGUGAGUUCCGGCCCUACACCUGCCCGUGUCCGGGGGCCACCUGCAAGUGGCACGGCUCCCUGGAGGCCGUCAUGCCCCACCUGAUGCACACACACAAGUCCAUCACCACCCUGCAGGGCGAGGACAUCGUGUUCCUGGCCACGGACAUCAACCUGCCGGGCGCCGUGGACUGGGUGAUGAUGCAGUCGUGCUUCAGCCACCACUUCAUGCUGGUGCUGGAGAAGCAGGAGAAGUACGAGGGCCACCAGCAGUUCUUCGCCGUGGUGCUGCUCAUCGGCACGCGCAAGCAGGCCGAGAACUUCGCCUACCGCCUGGAGCUCAACGGCAACCGGCGCCGGCUCACGUGGGAGGCCACGCCGCGCUCCAUCCACGACGGCGUGGCCGCCGCCAUCCUCAACAGCGACUGCCUGGUCUUUGACACGUCCAUCGCGCACCUCUUCGCCGACAACGGCAACCUGGGCAUCAACGUCACCAUCUCCAUGUGCUGACGGAAGCCCCCCCGGGGGGGGGAGAGGGGAGAGGGGGGGGGCGAACGCUACGACGGAGACUGAGUUCACAGUCGGUCGUGUGGGACGUCGGAACGCGCACCCCCAGGCUGCGGCCGUGAUCUGUCGAUAACGGGGGAAUGUUUGAAUGAUUGAUGGCGACCUCCCCAGGUCUGAGCACUGGGGGCUUACUGGUCGAAUCCUGUGUGCGUGUGCGCGUGUGUGUGUGUUAUGGUUGUGUGUGUGUGUGUGAGGGAGCUUUGUUUGCGUACUUCUGUUAGUUUUUGUGGAUUCGACUGCAUGGUGCAUGGCGAAGGUGUUUUCGUGAGACUAGCGCUCUUGCUCUGUACGGACCACCGUUGGUUAACGAGGCAAUACCCAUUUUAUUAGCAGCGUUUUGAUUUGUCUCCGUCCACACCGACUGUCCUCUUGAAAGCCAGUUAAUCCCUGGUGUUUAAUCUGAGAUUAAAAACCGGGAAAAUGGAGGACAGCGCGCACAUUCCAGGAGUUCCCUUCUGUGCUCUGCCAAGCAUCUGCCUUACUUUUAUACUGCGGACUCCUCUGGUCAUCUCCAACCUCUCUGGUAACCUCCAGAUCUCUGGUCACCUCACCUCCCACCCCUCUGGCCAGCUCCAACCCCAGUCAACUACACCCCUCUGGUCUCCUCACCUCCACCCCCUCUGGCCACAUCCAGACAUUCUGGUCACCUCCACUCCCCCUGGUCACCUCCCAACCCCCUCUGGUCACCUCCACCCCCUCUGGUCAACUCCCACCCCUCUCUUGUCACCUCCACUCCCUCUGGUCACCUCCACCCCCUCUCGUCAACUCCCACCCCUCUCUUGUCACCUCCACUCCCCCUGGUCACCUCCCAACCCCCUCUGGUCACCUCCCACCCCUUCUGGUUGGUUCUGUUGCUUUUCUUAUUGUAGCAUUGUUUUUGUUUUGAUUUUUCCUUUGCUUAAACCGGCCCAGGGAAUAAUCCUAGAUGGAAAUGCAUCGAUGUGUUGGUAAUGAAAGCGAUUCUAUUUUCUUCGUAAGAGCUGCGAUGCAACUGGAUGGACGAGAUACUUUUUUUCUGAACUGAGUUCCACAAACGCACGGGAGCACUCCAUGACCGCUCGCCCCGGCUGACCCCAACGACGGCCCACUGAACUCAGUGUAGCGUUGGCCCGGCGAGAGCGGCCCUCUCCCCUGAUCCAUACCUCUGACUUCACGUCUGUAACCCUGCUCGUCCUUUAGGGGGCGCCACUGGGGUCAAACGAAACCUUUCUGUCUACUGAUGAACACAAACACCUCAGUAUCUUCUCCUGUUUCAUACGCAGCAUUGCAGGGGGGUAUAUAGAACAGGCAAUGGACUGUAAGUUAACAAAUACUAUCAAAAUGUAACACACUUGAUUGAUCAUUACUGACGUUAAUCCGGGUGGGGGGGGGGGGGGGGGGAUAUAGAAACAACCCACCACACACCCACACACACGCAUGUAGACACACAUGAACAUCUGUACACACGGCGAGGUAACCUUGUGAAAGACAUGCCGGCCCCAGUUGUCGCGUUCCAGGAAAUGUUUCUAAUAUUGUACAGGAUUCACGGUAAUGAUGGUAUAUUUUUUUGAAGAGACAAAAAAAAAAUACAUAUUACGUGUUGUUCAGAUUUUUUAUGUAUUAACAGGUUAUCAGGUUGUACAGAGAGUGAGAAGCUAUUUUCUAAGCUGAUGUUGAUAUGUUCUUAAAUAUGUUGUACUCUGUCUUCCUUGGCGAUAUUAAGCGAACCGUCAGACUCCUUCAUGUUGGCUCAUUGUUCCGAACGCAGCGACCCAAUGGUCACUGCAGACGUGUGCGUAACAAAAUGUGUGUGAAAGAAGUGUUAAAACAAGGAAAUGUACUGAUUUGAAGUCAAACCUUACAUGUACUUAACCUAAUUCUGUAACUGGGAGUUGAUCCAAGCUGCAAUAAUGAGCGCUGUAAUGGUCUAUUUUAAAUAAUUCUGAAAUACAUCGCCUACAAAUCACGCAGCUCGUCAUUCAUGUUUGUUUCACAUGUUUCUGGACUUUUUAAAACUCCUGACUUUGUUUGCAUCUCCUUGCUGUUUUUAACCGUGUUAAUCAAUCUAUUAUCAACCAGCAACACAUUUAGAGCUGAGUGUACUGGUAACUGCUUUGAAUGUUUAGGUAACAACAGCUUAUCAAUUUGUGCCUGACGGCAAGUAAGAAGAAACAUUAAUGUAUCCGUUGUAGCAAAAAAUAAAUACCCAUGUGUCCUUUAGUUGGGAAUACAUCUGUUGCAAUGAAGAAACAGGGAUGCCGACAAAUGAUGAAGCAUAAUGGAUCCUACGGCGAAGAAUCAACGGGAAUGCCCUGAUUCAACCUUGUAAUCAGUUAUUUAGAUAAGAAAAAGUCAAUUUUGUUUUCUGGACUUAACUUGACAUUCUGAUUGCAGUACAGUUAAUUUAACCUUUUUUUAAGGCGGUUUGCUUGCAAUAUCUAAAAGUGUCUGUCUGCGUCAUGUUCAUUAUAAUCUGGUGAAGCUACACAUAAAGCAUUAAAGUCUGUCUAUGUGUCAUAAACCACCCUAGUUUUACUGACUAUUUUAUUUGUUUUUCAAAUCCUGUUUUUCUUUUUCAAACACCUAAUCUCCUAGCUGAUCAUCCAAUGCCCGUAUUUGUUGUGUUUUCGAACAGAAGACUCAUGUUUCCAGUACUAACAAUUAUCAGUUUUCCCACAAGAUGGUAGAUUUGAAUCCUUCUCACAACCGUGACUCCCAUUGAAAGCCUGCAUUGCCAAUAAAGUGUUUUAAAAAAUAUAUAAA